AUGGCAAUAAACCCAGAGGACAAGGACCGGCGGCGGCGGAGUCGGUCGCGGGGCCGCCGCAGCCGCUCGCGUGACAAGCGAUCUGCACGCUCCGGGGAAAAUCGGCGUUCACGCAGCCGCGACCGCGACCGCCGGCGCAGCAGGAGCAAGGACCGGCGGAGCAGCCGCAAUGAUGACAAGAAGCGCUCGCGUAGCCGUGACCGCAAGCGGCGCUCGCGUAGCCGGGAACGGUCAUCGCGCGACGUCGACUUGCGCAGCAAGGACAAGGAUCGCGAGCACAGCAGCAGGGAAAAAGAUCACGAGCGCAGCAGGGACAAGGAGCGCAGCAGCAAGGACAAGGAGCGCAGCAGCAGGGACAAGGAGCGCAGCAGCAGGGACAAGGAGCGCAGCAGCAGGGACAAGGAGCGCAGCAGCAGGGACAAGGAGCGCAGCAGGGACAAGGAGCGCAGCAGAGGAGAAGAUCACGGGAGCAAGGACAAGGAUCGUGAUCGCAGCAGCAGGGAGGAGGAACACGAGCAACAACGCGUGGACAACGUGUCGCGCUCCCGCCAAGGCGUCCAGCGAUUCGUCCAUCCGUGGGAGCGGGUAUGCGUCGGCAACCGAAAUUUUGUUAAGGCGCCGAAAAUCAACGCAAAACCGCAACGAGCCGUCCUGCUUUUUAACCAGGACGAUCGGCGCUCCCCAAGGGCUGGUAGAGGGAGAAAUAAUGUCGGCGGCUAACAUGUCAUCAACAGCCAAUUUGACAUGGUCCUUUUCGGCGGGACUCAACCGAAACGGAUUUUGGCGAAUUGGCGCGCUGUCACCCGUGUCAAUAUGGUGACGCAGCAGAUGAGUACAACCCAAAUCGUAUUUAUUCCGACUGAAAACGUCGGAAAAUUCCUGCAGUAGCGAUCUAAGCUGUUGGCGCUCUGAAUUUGACAGGUCCGUCGAUCCCGCACAAAGCGCGUCGAGCCACCCGUCAUCGCUGUCCGAAUGUGGGUGCAGUCGGGUGUCGGUGCCGACGUGAUUCGCAACCGGUUCCUCGCAGGGCAUUGGUGUCGCGUGCGCAAGCACCGUCCCUCGAGGAACCACAACAGGUUGCGAUCCCACAUUGAGGACCGCGAUGAAAGGGUCCCCAUCUCCCCUCACAACGGUCAGGGCCGGGAUCAACUGCGGUCCACUAACCCCGGCCCUAGACGGUCCCAACAAGAUCCCGUGGGCCCCCAUACCCUCUGCGAAGGGCCGACGAAGUUUUAGCGGUACUAACAUCUGAGCCCCCGGCGGCACACGAACGGUUUCAACGACGGACGCUGGUAUGGUUACGAACGCCGUCCGAAUCACCGAAGGGGAGGGUAAAAACGCCAUGCGCCGUCCCGACGGGAGCUCAAUACAUCCCUGGUCUAUCAAAAUACGGAUCGGCAUUUUUCCCAAGAAGUCUGUCCCCAGCAGGCACGGAACCGCCAGUGAGGAGGAGACAAAAAUCGGGCCUGAUAAUUUGAUAUCCCCAAUACAAAUUUGCGCUCGAAUUUGUCCAAUAAUACCAAGGGAGCCCCCAUUCGCCGCAUAGAAUGGGACAUUAACUGGUAGUAAGGGACGGCUUUGGACAGGCAAAAUGUUGUAAAUCAAUUCGGAAAUAAUGGUCGCCGAUGCCCCCGUGUCAACCAGGAUGCGUACCUCAACCCCGUCAAUAAGUCCCACGACGGCCGACGACCCUGACGAUGCGGCCACAACGCGAUGGGCCAACGCGGACCACUGCCCGGGCUCGAUUCGAGUCCCCACAGUGGUACGCGCCGGCCCGUCGCGAUGCAACGUCGUCCCCCCAUUUGUUGCGAUGCGAGAGUGUGCGACAGGUGUGUGUGUUGGCCAAACAUGUGUGGUGUCGCGACUCGCCGGAUCAUGCUGAUGGAGCUUGGGAGGAGGAGGAGGCCCGGUGUCCUGGCGAGGCGUCGUCCCACGCUGUCGGGGAGAGCGGCACCCCGAGGCGACAUGGCCCCGGACGCCGCAGUUGAAGCAGCGCGGAAGCGGCGGCGGCGAUGACGGACGGUCGAAGCGGCUCGACCCAUCCCGGGCCGGCCGCGCUCCCGUCCCCUGCUGCCGACGAU